GACGGCACAUCGCGCCUUAUCAGGCAGCAAACACCAAACCAUGUCGGCACCGAGAGCUGCUCCGAGUCUAGCUACGGCGGCGACGGCCAUUCUGGCCGUCCUGGCCGCGGCGCUCGCCACGGCCGCUCGCGCCCAGACCUGCGGCUCGCAGGCCGGCGGCGCGACGUGCCCCAACUGCCUCUGCUGCAGCCGUUUCGGGUUCUGCGGCAGCGGCUCUGAGUGGUGCGGAGCCGGCUGCCAGAGCCAGUGCAGCGGCUGCCCCGCUCCCGGCGGCCAGGGCGUGGCGUCCAUCGUGUCCAAGGACCUCUUCGAGCGGCUCCUCCUCCACCGCAACGACGCCGCGUGCCUGGCCCGCGGGUUCUACACCUACGAGGCGUUCCUCGCCGCGGCCGCCGCGUUCCCGGCCUUCGCCGGCACGUCCGAGGGGCUCAGCGUCGAGACGCGGAAGCGGGAGGUGGCCGCCUUCCUGGGCCAGACCUCCCACGAGACCACCGGCGGGUGGCCGACCGCGCCCGACGGCCCCUUCUCCUGGGGCUACUGCUUCAAGCAGGAGCGCGACCCGCCGUCCGACUACUGCCAGCCGAGGCCGGAGUGGCCGUGCGCGCCCGGCAGGCGCUACUACGGCCGCGGCCCCAUGCAGCUCUCCUUCAACUACAACUACGGCCCGGCGGGGCGCGCGAUCGGCGUCGACCUGCUGAACAACCCGGACCUGGUGGCGGCCGACCCGGUGGUGUCGUUCAAGACGGCGCUGUGGUUCUGGAUGACCCCGCAGGCGAACAAGCCGUCGUCGCACGCGGUGAUCACGGGGCGGUGGACGCCGACGGCCGCGGACAACGCGGCCGGCCGGGUGCCCGGGUACGGCGUGAUCACCAACAUCAUCAACGGCGGGCUGGAGUGCGGGCGUGGGCAGGACCCCCGGGUGGCCGACCGGAUCGGGUUCUACAAGCGCUACUGCGACGUCCUCGGCGUCGGCUACGGGAGCAACCUCGACUGCAACAGCCAGAGGCCGUUCACCAGCGGCGCCUCGGCUGGGCUCGCGGCGCAGUGAAAACCACCGGCAUGUGCAUGUGAUUCAUGUAUGUGUGAUUCGAGGAGUUCUCUUCUCUACUACUGUGUAAUGUGAUGAGCGUGUUGCCUCGAUCCGUGAAAGCUCGCGUGCGUCAGCGAGCAUUUCUUUCGGCCUGCUAAGGCUUAAUAAACUCGGUUGUAGCUA